AUGGAUCUUUUGAGUGCUUGCGAAAGCCUCGCGGCUAAUGUUCUCGAGCACGAUAUUCUUGACAUAUCUGACAUGUACAUUGCCGAGUCCGACACCAAACACUGGAUGACGGCGUUCAACUUGACCCAUGCCGAAGCCAUUAAUGAAAUCACCAAGUGGCGCUCGGAUUACACCCGCGAAUCUCUCUCCCAGUCGGCCUGGGACACAAUCAAAGAGUCCGAUGCCGCUUCUGGAUUCACAAAGGAAUCCUACGAAUUUAGUCUCACUCGCGGACGCACAAUAAAGCAGAGCCAUGCGACAGGCGCAGAUGACACGGGCAUGUAUCUGCUCCGACUUGAAGAGCCGCUGCCGACCAUUGCCACCUUCCAGGAGCUACUGAACACGGACAAGAUUGAAGUCGUCUCUGGCAUAGACGACGAGGGCAAGUCUGUGCAAUUUGCCUACAUGACUGCACAGAUGAAGCGACUACUUAUAAACAACCUUGCUCUGUCCGACAAUAUUUACUUUCGUCCCUCUUUUAUCCGAGUCUCGAUUGCGAAAAAAGACAUUUCAGAGAACUCGAGAUAUCCAACAUUCGGAGUAGACUCCACACUCCCCCAAUACCGGGCGCCAUCCGCUUCCUUUUGCUUUCAGCCGCUGCAAAACGAAUAUCCUGUGCGAUACUUUUUCUACGGAACGCUGGCAGACCGCGCCGUCCUUGCCCGUGUCAUUGCGAUUCUCACGAUGUGGGCGGGCAAAUACCGAGGGGUGGUGGACGGUGGUCCAGACGACAAAGUGCAAGGUGUGGUGUACUGGGUAAAGUCGCGCGAGGAGGAGGAUGCGCUGAGGAUUUACGAGACGGCCAAGUAUGAGGUCCGCAGGGCAGAAGUCAGGAAGAGCAUCACGUACUGA